AUGGCAAAAGUGGUUCGACCGAGUUCUCAUCGAAUUGGCUCAGGGCCUUUGAAAAGUGGAUCUAUGGUUAAAAAGAAGACACCUUCAGAACUUAGGGGAGAGCUAUUGAAGCGGUCAAGCUUUCUGGACCAUACUGCUGAAUCUCCAUCCCCUUUGGCUGAUCCUACCAAGAACAUUGAGGUGAACAAUGGAUUAAAACAAUCAGGGUUGUGGAGGGCCCCUAGAUACACUGAUACACGGGUCGAUGAGGUAUUUGCUGCAAAAAAGCCCAGGUUUAAAAUUGCAUCUGGAAAGGAAAAUGCAAAGGAAAUUCCAUCUUUUGCUCAAACUAGUAAGCUGAAAAAUCUUUCAGUUUUUUCGACUUUGGAAGUUAAGGGACAGCAAGAGAAUUCAUGCUUGGAGAAUUUUGUUGUUUCUGGUGAGGCCAGCAAAAAUAGUGUCUUACAAUCUUGUCAAAUAUUUGAAAAGUGCAGCCAAGGAAAAUUUCGAAGCGUUUCUGAGCUUUCAUCAGCUGCCGAUACAUUUUGUGCCUCAGGUGCUAUUGACCUGGGAAAAGCAUUAAGAGGACUAGCUGCACAUAAAGCAAAUUAUACUAAUGACACAACUGCUGAUUUGGCUGAAGGACACGCUGGUUUAGGGAAUUUCUUAUCUGAAUGGCAUUUACCUGGCCAGAAGGUCCCUUUGGAUCUUACUCUAAAAACCAGCAUGCGGAUUGUAUACUCCACUUCUGUGAAUUGGUCAGUUAUGCGUGGUACCAUGCCUCAAUUAGCCUUCCAUCAUAGUUAUUUAAAGAGUGAAAAUAUGAGAGGUCCAGAGGGCUUAAAUUCAUGGAUGUAUCCUCAAUCCAUUCUACCGCCUUCUUUAAUAUCAGUCUUGAGCUCAUCAACAUCAGAUGGAGAAUUGGAUUUCUUAAGGAAACGGCAAGUAGCUUGGGAAGAAUCAUUCCGGGACCUCUAUUACAUGCUUCGAAAGAACAUUUGUGGCCUUUUCUAUGUUUGCACUGCCCAGUUUGUGGUGAUGUUCACUGGCGGUGACAGCUCUGGGAAAUACAAAUGUUCGUGCAAUGCUUAUAUCUCUCAGUCAACCCAAGGUUUAAGAUCAUUGUUAAGAGAACAUGAUCUCUGUUUCUCCAUGCCUCUUUGCCAUUCGAAAGUGGAACAAGUUGCAACUGAGGAUCUAGUUGAGUUGUCAGAGAUAGAGAAGCAAAACUUAGGACAGAUCAGGCGAUUAGGGUCUUUCUCUGAAGUUGAUAAUAGUCCAGAAUCUUUGCUGGUAUUUAGUGGAAACAACAAUGUACAUGCUUUAUACGACCUCUUACUCAAUUACAGAUUUCUCUUGACUUCACUGUCUAGCGUGGACGUACCUGUCUUGUGCUCUCCCGUGCCAUUUCGAAAUUCUGCUCUGUCUUCUCCUGAUAUCAAAUGCAUGGAGACAAGACGAGCCGAAGAUAUAGCUGCUUCUCAUAAUGGGUCUAUUAGGAAAGAUGGGGAAUCUAUACAAGAAUCACCAGAUAGCAUUUGUACCAUUGAAAUUAAGGAUGCACUUCUCCCACCUUGGAUUAUUUGUCGUAUGUGUGCAUUGAUGUCCUCUGAAGGAAGAAGCUUCGAGGCAAGUUUUGCGACGGAUUCUAGCUCAAUUGGUUUGAAUGUUGCCUUAAAAUCAGUUUGUGAGAAGCCGGAAUCUAAAGCUGCUGAUAGUGAAAGCUUACAAGACCACAUAAAUACUUUCGGCAUUUCAGAAGCUGUAGUCACUUCUCGACUGUGUUCAUCUUCAUUAAAAGGUGUAAAGUACAGUGAUGGUUCUUAUACAGCAUCACUAUCCCUUGUAUGA